GACCGAGUGAAGACCCGAGAGUCACUGGAAGCGCAAGAUGGCGACAGCGGCCGCAGCGUCGCCUUCAGAACCAGAGGCUGAGCCGAAGACUGGCCCCAACGCUGAGGGAGAGGAGGAUGAGGUUAAGGCGGCCAGGACGAGGGGGCAGGUGCUGACGCGGACGGUAGCCGCUGCGACGUACAAGACCAUGGGGCCGGGGUGGGACCAGCAGGAGGAAGGCGUGAGUGAGAGCGAUGGAGAUGAGGAGUACGCCAUGGCUUCCUCGGCGGAGAGCUCCCCGGGGGAGUACGAGUGGGAGUACGACGAAGAGGAGGAGAAGAACCAGCUGGAGAUCGAGCGGCUGGAGGAGCAGCUGUCUAUCAACAUCUAUGACUACAACUGCCACGUGGACCUGAUCCGGCUGCUGCGGCUGGAAGGGGAGCUUUCCAAGGUGAGGACAGCCCGCCAGAAGAUGAGCGAGAUCUUCCCCUUGACUGAAGAGCUCUGGCUGGAGUGGCUGCAUGAUGAGAUCAGCAUGGCCCUGGAUGGCCUGGACAGAGAGCACGUGUACGACCUCUUUGAGAAAGCCGUGAAGGAUUAUAUUUGUCCGAACAUUUGGCUAGAGUAUGGCCAGUACUCAGUUGGUGGGAUUGGUCAGAAAGGUGGCCUUGAGAAAGUCCGUUCUGUGUUUGAAAGGGCCCUCUCAUCUGUUGGUUUACAUAUGACCAAGGGACUCGCCAUCUGGGAGGCUUAUCGGGAGUUCGAGAGUGCGAUUGUGGAAGCCGCACGGCCCAUAGCUGGUUUCCUUUCCCCUUUUGACCGGGAACAAACCUUUGAUUCACAGCUGGAGAAAGUCCACAGUCUCUUCCGGCGACAGUUGGCGAUCCCACUCUAUGAUAUGGAGGCAACAUUUGCAGAGUAUGAAGAGUGGUCGGAAGAACCAGUACCGGAGUCGGUAAUUCAGAACUAUAACAAAGCACUACAGCAGUUGGAGAAAUACAAACCCUAUGAGGAAGCGCUGUUACAAGCAGAGGCCCCCAGGCUGGCUGAAUAUCAAGCAUACAUCGAUUUUGAGAUGAAAAUCGGCGAUCCUGCUCGCAUUCAGUUGAUCUUUGAGCGUGCCCUGGUCGAGAACUGCCUUGUCCCAGACUUAUGGAUCCGUUACAGUCAGUACCUAGAUCGACAGCUGAAAGUAAAGGAUUUGGUGUUAUCUGUACAUAAUCGUGCUGUUAGAAACUGCCCCUGGACAGUUGCCCUUUGGAGUCGGUACCUCUUGGCCAUGGAAAGGCAUGGAGUAGAGCAUCGAGUGAUUGCUGUGACCUUCGAGAAAGCUUUGAGUGCUGGCUUCAUUCAGGCCACCGAUUAUGUGGAGAUUUGGCAGGCGUAUCUUGAUUACCUGAGGAGAAGGGUUGAUUUCAAACAAGACUCCAGUAAAGAGCUGGAAGAGCUGAGGUCCACAUUCAGUCGCGCUUUGGAGUAUCUGAAACAGGAGGUAGAAGAGCGUUUCAAUGAGAGUGGAGAUCCAAGCUGCAUGAUUAUGCAGAACUGGGCUAGGAUUGAGGCUCGACUGUGCAAUAACAUGCAGAAAGCUCGGGAACUCUGGGAUAGCAUCAUGACCAAAGGAAACGCCAAGUAUGCCAAUAUGUGGCUGGAGUAUUACAACCUGGAGAGGGCACAUGGUGACACCCAGCACUGCAGGAAGGCUCUGCACCGGGCUGUGCAGUGUACCAGUGACUACCCAGAGCAUGUCUGUGAAGUCUUGCUCACCAUGGAGAGGACAGAAGGUACUUUAGAAGAUUGGGAUAUAGCCAUUCAGAAAACUGAAACUCGAUUAGCACGUGUUAAUGAGCAGAGAAUUAAGGCUGCGGAGAAGGAAGCAGCCCUCGCCCAGCAAGAAGAAGAAAAGGCCGAACAACGGAAGAGGGCCCGGGCUGAGAAGAAAGCAUUGAAAAAGAAGAAAAAGACCCGAGGCAUGGACAAGCACAAGGCAGAUGAAGACGAUGAGAAGGAGUGGGGCGAUGAUGAAGAAGAGCCACCUCCCAAACGCAGAAGAGUUGAGAACAGCAUCCCUCCACCUGUAGAAGCCCAGGACCUAGAAGCAGAAACUGGACUCUUUGGGAAAAGUGUGCCCCUUGAUGUUGACCCCCCCUCAAAGCAGAAGGAGAGGGCGGCUGCCCUGAAGAGGGAUGUGCCCAAGGUGCUGCACGACAGCACCAAGGACAGUGUCACCGUCUUUGUCAGCAACCUGCCCUAUAGCAUGGGCGAGCCAGACACCAAGCUGCGGCCACUCUUUGAGGCCUGUGGGGAAGUGGUUGACAUCCGCCCCAUAUUCAGCAACCGGGGUGAUUUCCGAGGCUACUGCUACGUGGAGUUUAAAGAAGAGAAGUCGGCCCUGCAGGCACUGGAGUUGGACCGGAAUAAUGUAGAAGGGAGGCCAAUGUUUGUUUCCCCCUGCGUGGAUAAGAGCAAGAACCCCGACUUCAAGGUGUUCAGGUAUAGCACUGCCCUGGAGAAGCACAAGCUGUUUGUCUCAGGCCUGCCCUUUUCCUGCACUAAAGAGGAGCUGGAAGAGAUCUGUAGGGCCCAUGGCACUGUGAGGGACAUCAGGCUGGUCACCAACCGGGCUGGCCGACCGAAGGGUUUGGCCUAUGUGGAGUAUGAAAAUGAAUCCCAGGCGUCACAGGCUGUAAUGAAGAUGGAUGGCAUGACUAUCAAAGAGAAUGUCAUCAAAGUGGCCAUCAGCAAUCCGCCUCAGAGGAAAGCUCCAGAAAAGCCAGAGGCAAGGAAAGCCCCGGGUGGCACUGGCCCCAUGGUGCCACGGCAGAUUUAUGGCGCGAGGGGGAAGGGAAGGACGCAGCUUGCCCUGCUGCCUCGCGCCCUACGACGCCCGGGCGCUCCAGGGGCCCAGGCCGAGAACGGCCCCGCUCCGCAGCCGGCAGUCCCCACCUCAGCAGCUACCGAGGCACCCAAGAUGUCCAAUGCCGAUUUUGCCAAGUUGCUGCUGAGAAAAUGAACGGAACUUUGAGAGGAGGAGGGAGACGCCUUACUUCAUGCUGGCCAGGAAGAUCACCAGGCCCUCGGCUGUACCCUGGGUAUGGAAGGGCCCCAGAGCAGCGCCUACUUUCACAGAUUUUCCUCUGGUUUAGACAGAAAGGGAAAAGGGUGUCCAAGGAAGAGCCUGAAAGUGCUCCCUCAUAUUGAGGGCGAUGGAGAAAAACGAUCACUCCACAAGUUGGGCACAGGGUGUAAUUCCCUAAGAUAUUUUUGUGUCUUAGAAAGGGAGAAACAGAAGUGAAACUCACACCCACCAUUUUGAGACCCACUUGUCCAAAUGUUUUUGGCCACCUCUGGCCCCUUUUAUAAGACGCUCCUCUUACACCCUGCAGAGCACACGUGCCACCCACUCUUUUAAUUUUUAAAAGAUAUAACAGCAGAUGCUAGUAAUUCACCAGAAUGGCCUAUUUUAGUAAAGGGGUGGGGACAGGGAAGUCACAUAAAUAUUUGAUGGGUUUUUGUUCAAGGGGGCUGUGUGUUUUUAUAUUAUGUAUUUGUAAAUGACACAUCAACUCAUUGUUUUGUUUCCUGAAAACAAAAUAUUUGUGACAUUUGUUUUAUAUAGCAGUUGUGUGUGCCACCUGCUGUGGACCAUUUUCUUUGCCUAGUGACUAGUGACCGGUGUUGCUCUUCAGUUUUGUUUAAAUGCCAUGUCAAGUACAAACUUAAACUUUCCUCAUUUAGCUGUUUAUUAAACUGAAUUUCUCCUUAAA